UCAGACUUUGAAUGGUCCCAAAGAAGAAAGAAAAAAGCAAUAUCCUUUGGUUUAAUAUUCUCUUGAACCUCUUACCUCUCUACUCUGGUCUUUACCAAAAUCUCAAAAGACAAAAAGAUAUUGAUGUCUCUUCAACGAGCCAAUGGGCACUCGAGUUCGUCUUCUUCCCACAAGAAGCACAAAACUGAGGAAAGUGAUGAGGAGUUGUUGAUGGUUCCUGACAUGGAAGCAGCUGGAUCAACAUGUGUUCUAAGCAGCAGCGCCGAUGAUGGAGUCAAUAAUCCGGAGCUUGACACGACUCAAAAUGGAGUCUCUACCGCUAAACGCCGCCGUGGUCGAAACCCAGUUGAUAAAGAGUAUAGAAGCCUCAAGAGAUUGUUGAGGAACAGAGUAUCAGCACAACAAGCGAGAGAGAGGAAGAAAGUGUAUGUGAGUGAUUUGGAAUCAAGAGCUAAUGAGUUACAGAACAACAAUGAUCAACUUGAAGAGAAGAUAUCGACUUUGACGAACGAGAACACAAUGCUUCGUAAAAUGCUUAUUAACACAAGGCCUAAAACUGAUGACAAUCACUAAAUAUUUACCCUUGAAUCCAUUGUUCAGUGUUGUAUAAUUAUCUUAUUUAUUUUUUUGGUUUCGGUUUGUAUACAAUUUUUGUUCGAAUAACAAUCAGUUCACUUUGAGCAUCA